AUUAAAUUAAUGAAGAUGGGUGGAAGUAUUCAGCUUCAACGGGUAAUAGGAUAUUUCCAUGGAACAAUUUUUUUAUUCAGUAUCAUAAUAGGUGCAGGAAUAUUUGUUGCUCCUAAAGGGGUGCUAAAGUACUCUUCGCUCAACGUGGGGGUCUCCCUAAGCAUUUGUGUGGCUUGCGCCAUAGUGUCUACGAUGGCCGCUCUGAGUCACGCCGAGCUGGGGACCACCUUCCCUCGGAGUGGAGCACAGUAUUAUUUCCUCAAGAGAUCUCUUGGACCUUUCAUUGCUUUCUUCUAUAUCUGGAUCAAUCUGUUUAGUACCCCAGCCGGAACCACUGCCCGUGGCUUGUUAUUAGCAGGGUAUAUCACCCAGCCUUUCUAUCCCAGAUGCUUUGUUCCCGAGAUGCCGAAGAAAUGUUUAGCGCUGGCCAUUUUAUGGUGCUUGGGAAUUCUGAAUGCUCGAGGAGUGAAGGAAGUGACUUGGUUUCAGACUGUCAGUACGGUUGUGAAAAUGACAGUUCUCUGCUUCAUAUCCGUAACUGGACUCGUAUUGGUGGUGAGAGGAAGAAAGGAGAACCUUGCCAGGUUUGAGAAAGCUUUCGACGGUGAAGUUCCAAAUGCCUCGCAGAUGGCAGAAGCCUUCUUACAAGGACUAUAUGCAUAUUCUGGCUGGGGAGUCCUUGUUUGAAUAGCAGGAGAGCUGAAAAACCCUAGUGAGACUGUCCCCAAAUGUGUGAUUACAGCACUUACCCUUGUGGCACUGAUCUACUUACUAGUCAAUGUUUCCUACAUAGCAGUCCUGACUCCAAGGGAAAUCAUAUCCUUAGGUAUGGUGACACAGAAACAGAGGAAAGAUACUCCCUGUUUCAUUUUCCUGAAUAAAGGGAGUUUCUAAUAUACAGUGAAUCCUUUUGCAUACUUUAAGAG